AUGGGAAGAGUGACCCUGACUGGUUGUCGGGCCGGGGUUCAACCUGUCACAGCUCGCUCAGCUGAAGAUAACCCAGGGUUAGUAUAGUAUAGUUAGUAUAGUGCAAAAUUGGAAUUCAAAUAUGAAAGCCAAAAGGUAAAUUCAAUUUGAUUUUUUGUCUACCUUUUGAUGAUUGGAUUUGAUUACAGUUAACUGAAAAAAUGCUUUUCAACUAAAGAAAAACAAUCCCAGAUUUCAUGACGAUAUCUCAAGGAAUUACGUCGUGCACAAGACUCUUUACUGAUGAUAUGAAGGUGUCUAGGGUGAGGGACACUAAGGAAGAUGUUGAAGAACUCGGCAGAAAGAUCUUACUCGUUUGGAAUAUUGGGACAAUUGAUAUUUAACACUGAUAAAUGCGAAGUGAUGCUUAUUUCUAAAAAGACAAACACCGUCGUCGCAAGCUAAGGAACCUGAAUUGAUAUUGUUAUUGGAAAUCAUGCAUUGCGCGCGCAAUCUACAGAUUAGUCAGGUAUCCGCUAGCAGAUAACUAACUAAUCUGAAGGUUCUGUAGACUAGGUUGCGCUGAUUUCCAAAACUAUCUAUAGGCUCUUAGCCAAUGAGAAGACAGAUAGUGAGUACAAUGUAAAAUAAACAGGGUUAUCGGUACGUGGGGAAAAAAGUUCAUCCUGGAGUAGGCCUGGGGAACAGUUUCGAAGGCUCAAUCAAGAGACAAGCUGCACAGCGGUCAUAAGCUAAAGCACUGGAAAAUUCAAGAUGGAGGACGGUAAGCAUGCUUUUCCCACUGACUUAUUGCUUAAAUUUAUCCUUAAUUUGGCGCUAUUCAGUUUUAAAAACAUGUUUUCUUUAUGUUAUUAAGUCUUUUUUCAUAUUUAUUUCACGAAAAUGAAACGUUUGCAACUCUACGCAGCGUUGAUUUUCAGCUUUUUCGUGAUUUGGUCUGGUUUGUAGCGCUAUGUCGAUGAGUUAUUCUUCUGAUUUCAACUAAUCUCACUAGUAUUACAUAUCUAAUCUUUGAGGGCUUAAUACUUCAAUUUAUAAUUAGGUUCAGGUUCUAGGAGAAUUUCUGCCAUUACUCUCAGAAAAUGACCAUGAAAAAUGUACCUUUUUCCUUUGUAAAUGUCAUCUUUUGGUCGACGAAUUUUCUCAAAAUUCUAACAGUAUGAAAUGUAUUUCUUUUAGUUGUUGAUCAGUUGUUUAGCUCAGUUUCCAUUGGGAUCAUUAGACCCUUAAUAAGCCGCUUGUUGUGAAUUUCACAGUACUUGACACUGAACAGUUUACUUGUGGCAGCUUUUUUUUGUUUACUUUGAGGUUUAUAGGUUUACCUAGAUUUAAUUUGUACUAAUUGUACUUUUACAUUGCUUUUCAAAAUGAUCUGGAAUCCCUUUACUUUGUUAAUUUUUUGCUCAGCGUGUCUUGUCAGUGCGUAUGAUGUAUCUUAAAUCUAGCUGUUCUUAGUGCUCUGUAUCUGUAUUUUUUCUGUAUAUCCCCUAUAUUUUGGUGCUUUUGCUGUAACUCUUAUUGGUAUAAUAAACAAUUAUUUCUUUGUUUAUACCACUUCAUGAAAAAAUUUCUGCAAUUUGAUUGGCUUGGAGCAGUGGUAUUUCAGCUUAAUUUGAAAUACCUACAUGUGAAAAUUACAAACCUUCUUGCUGGUAGUAGUGUAAACAAAUAAUAGCAUAAUUUCAUGCGUGAUAUUUGGCAUAAAUACCACUGUGAUAUUUCAAAAUUGUAUCAAAUUUCUUUGAUUGGUUACCGUAUUUCACUUGAUUUGAAACGCUCGUGAAAUUACAAACGUAUAAACAAAUAACAAUUUUGAAAUAAUUAUCACUUGUGGUAUUUAUGCCAAAUAUCACUACUAAUCAUGCUAUUACCUAUACUAACGCAAAGUUCCUGAGCACAUAAGCAAGUGUAAUUAGAAAAAAUAAUAUUAACAAAGUGAUCUAGACAUUAUCUCUUUUAGUGCCUGGAAAAAUACAGGUAAAUCCAUGACAAAAAGAUCUCUAUACAUCGUACCAAAGAGAGACGAAUCUUUUAGUUUUUUUAUGUUGUUUUGGUAGAUCUUGAAUUGGAGCAUGAGGGAGCAGCUCCAGGAUCCACCUCACAGCCAGUUAGGCGAAACAUUUCUUUAAAACUGAAAGCAAAGAGCAAGUCAGCAAGCUCAUUGUCAUCUGGGAAAAGCAAGAAAAAGGAAGGAAAAAGUGGAGAAAAGUCUAGGACAGGAUCUGAAGGUAAAGAAGCCAAUAAUUUUCUUUCAAUGCUGUACAAUGCAUGUCCGGUUUUAAGCCUUGCUGUCAUGUUGUUUCCUUAGACAAGGAACGUUAGUCCACUUUGUCUGUUCAGCCAGGUGUAUAAAUGUGUACCUGAGGCAUGCUGUGUGAAGGUUGUUGAGAGACACACACUCUUGAGCAUCUCUGUCAAUAAGAGCCUGAUACAGUGGAUUCCCUUUGGCUACUAUGAGCAUGACCCCUGGCUACUUUCAUAAGAAAAUGGAAUAUAGAAUAUAGAACCAAUACAGUGCUUGAAAAAUCUUGAAGUCCAGCUUGUCCUUGGAGCAAGCGGCUCUCACAUUUUGCUUGCUUAUGGCCACCUUUUGCUUUUCUCGGUUAAUGAUUCUAUUAGAGGAUUAGAGGAUCAGUUGUCUUUACCCUUAUUGAGUAAUUAGAUCCACCUCUUGCUUGUCUUAGUUAAUGAUUUUAUUAAAGGAUCAGUUGUCUUGACCCUCAUUGGGCAAGUGAGUCUUAAAAGUUACUUGUCCGGCAAGAAAAUCCACCUGACCAGGACUACUGGAUGGGACUUGUUUUGAGCCCUGCCACAGAAAUUUGUUGCUGUUCAUUUCCCUGCCUACAUAUUGUACAUUUAAACAUGUACAGUAUAACCAAUAACUUGAAAUCUGAGCAACAGCCCUGCUUGAGGAAAUGAGCAACAUUGACAAGUUUUUCUGUGAAUGCUUGUUUAUUCAAAAGAGACAAUCAGUAUUACAGUGGAACCUUGAUAUAAUGAACCUCUGUAUAACAAAGUCCUCGGUAUAACAAACGAUUUUCUUUAUCCCAGUCAUAGAAAGAUAUGAGAAAAAACCUCGAUAUAACGAAACCUCGUUGAUAUGGCAAACACAUUUUGCCAGUCGCCUGGCCCUUCGUUAAAUUGAGGUUCCACUGUCCAGAUGUUUCUUGAACCUUCUGGAAUAGACUGUUCACAGUCCUCUAUUUUUCCGUAAGAUCGUCGAGAUCGAGCGCUCUGCGUUACGGGUUGCCAUCUCGCAUGAGUGUCAAAACUACUUAGGGGGCGGGGGCGGUUUGGGAGGAAGCGAGAAAAAUAGAGGGACUGUAAUAACAUCACUGCAGCUUGCGUUCAGGAGGCGUGACAGGAAUUUCACGCCUUUUACCAUUCAUUAAUUAAGAAACUCCGCUGGUGAUGAAAAGCAUGCCAGACACAUUUAGCAUCUAUUUCGCGUGUUUACAAAUAUCUCCGUUCGAAACAGUGAUUUUAUAAUGUUUCUGGGCCAUUCCUCGAAAUGAAAUCGGCAAACAUGCACAAGGAAACAUUUUCCCAAUCAAAAAUCCUUCGUGUGUUUACGCAAGAUGUGCCUUAUGGUAUGAAAGCGUACGUUUUAUGGAAACGUUGACUUGUCAACGACUUGUCAGUGUCGGCAACUGAAACUAAAGCUGUUAUCAACGCAAAUUAACAUCUAUUGUCUAAUGACCAAUUAAACGCCUGCGUUGCUGGUACAACGCGCUCCGUGAACGCAAGCUGCAGUGAUGUUAUUACAGUCCCUCUAUUUUUCGUGCCACCUCCCCCCUUCACCUAGAGCUAUAAUCCCCGAUGCCGGCCCCCUCCGUACAUUUGAAAAUCAAGAUAGCCGUGGCGGUAAGACGCGGUAUACCUAAACGAUCUCACGAAAAAAUAGGGGACUGUGAACAGUCUACUUCUGGAAAAACUUAACUGGAAAAACAGGUUUUUCAAGAAUGGUCUUUUUGUUGUUACAUCUUAACUGUUUUCACCCUUUUGUCACUAACUGAUCUGUCAGAGAGUUCUCUUGUAUUUUGGCUCAUAAAUAAAUUUCAAGUUGUUUUUGAAAACUUCCGAAGCUCUAGUAAAUUUAUUAAGUUGAAUGUUAACAAGGGUGUCCUGUGAUGAGCAAGCAUCCCAUCCAGAGAGGUUAGCCAUACUCCUGUGGUGUAAAUGCUUCAUGCUACAGAUAUUAGGUUAAGCUCUGGCUGUUUGGGCUUCAAGAUGUAGGUCUGCCUCUACCUGCUUUUGCAUUGAGUUACAUUGCUCUUUUGGAUGUUAAUUCUUGCCUUCGGUUGUACUAUAAAUUAACUUUGUACUGUAAGUGACAAAAUUCUAUCCUUUCAGUAAUAGUUCUUAUAUUUUUUAAAAGAAUUUGUUGUUCAUGUGUACCAGCUGCUAUACAACUACGAUUUUUUGUAAUGAAAUAGAAAAACGGUUGUUUGUUUGUUUACUUAAAUCCUGAUCAAAUUUAAUUAUUUAGUUUUGCCUGGAUUUGUGUAAAAGUUAUUCAGGUAGAGGCCAUAGAGUACAGUUAGGUCGUAAUGACAUGUUGUGCAGUUCUCAGACCAUAGGAAUUCAAGUAAAACCAAGUAAACUACACAUGCAAACAUUUCGCUAGAUUGUUAAAGGUCCUCUUAGUUGUUAGAAGUCCUGGAUAGUUAUUUUAUUCUUUGUUUGUCACAUCUAUUAGGUGACAAGGAAAGUAAAAGGAAACAGAAAUCCCCUGGAACAGCUGCUGCAGCUCAAGUGGUUGUCAUGAGAGAACUCAAGUGGGAUCAUCAAGUAUGUACUAUUAAUUUUAUAAUUUAUGCUCAUUUAGCCCCAGUCACUUAGCCCCUAUUUGUAAGUCGUUUACCAUAAACAGCCUAAUAAACGUCUACUUCCAAAUAAACGCCCCCUCAACAUUGUUAAAAUUUUAUUCGAUGCCCCUCUUUAAUAAAGGCCCCUGUCUAAUAAAUAGAUGGUUCCCCAUGAGAAUUACUCCAAAAUACUAGGAAUUAGCAAAAAGGUGCAAAAUCAUUCAAUUCAUUCAGUUUCUUGCUUGAUUAGCGAGGGUAAAUGCGUAUUUCAUCUUGCUCAAUGUUAAGUUAAAAAUGAGGAUAGACUAACGAUGGCAACGCAAAAACAAUGAACGUGGAUUCUAACAUCGAUGUUGGGAUUUGAAAAAGAACGAUAUGGAUCUCUAGACGGCCUAGACAUAUCAAUAUUGAUGGAGUGGAUAUUCCACCAUUUUUAAACUCUCUUGAUAUUUUUGUCGAAACAGGGCUCAAAAUUGCGACUGAUAGGGUUGCCAAUGGGACUAACAUUUUCUUCUUGGCGACUGAAAAUUUUAGUUUAGUCGCCAAGGUGGCGACCAGAUUUCUCUAUGACUUAGAUUUAACCCAUUCUCUCCUGGAGAUUUUGCCGAAAAACGCGUUUUGAAGCUAGUCGAGUGGUUUUCUGGUCACUGUCGUGCUAUAAAGAGCUAAAACUUACCACAAACCGGUUUACAGGUCGUACACUUCGCGGCCUUCUGAUCCAGAUGCAAAAUAUCAGCUUGCGAAGUUCGGGCUUGCGCAGAAAGCAAAAUUAUUACUUUUCACUUUCUCUCCUCCCUUCUUUUUUCGCUUUUCUUGCCUCAUUUUUUUUUUCUCUUGCUGGGCAUUUAGUAGGCUUCAUUUUGGUGGGAAGAGUUUUUAAGAAAGCUUUUAGGAUCUUAGGAUUAGAUGAAAGGAAAGGUAGGUGGGCAAUGGAAGAAGAUUUUCAUGGAGAUUUCAGGUCAAGGUCACGUGGUUUUUUGCUUCUUUCUCCGGAGUCCUUGACUGAAUUGUGCUCAUUCUGGUAUGGUUUGAAAGAUCUCUUCACUCUGCACAAGUCAGCGAAGAAAGUUGUCCUUGACCAUUAAAACUGAUAGCGUCACAAAGGGUAGAAUGACCUGGAUCCGCACGGGCGAUUUACGGGCGGUUCAGGGGCGAAUGGGUUAAAUUAAAUUAGUAAAGUUAAAACAAACAUUUCAUCUUAUCCUGGUUUGCUUUCAUCGUAAAAAAUGUGCCAAAUCGCAUAAACAAAGCCAGUUUACCUCCAAAUUUAUACCGACUUCUAUCCACGAGAUUUUCAAAUCUGAUGGAUUGCACCAUACUAUGCAGGGCUUCUGAUAGGUCGUGGAAAAAGUCAAAUUUUACGGGAUUUUUAGGGGAAAUUCGCAGAAAAAUUGACUGAUUUCAUGGGAAUUUGUGGAACAAACUUAGCCAAAAAUCAAUCAGUAAAAAAAGGCCGAUUUUGUGGUUAUUUUCAGGGAAAACUUUGUUAGAGAUUGAUCAGUUUUGCGCUGACCAUAGACCAGUGUUUUAAAUGUUUUUCUAACAGAGAUCAUUAAAUUUUGCUCAUUCAACAACUAUACGCUCCAGAACUGAAACAAUGGCAAAGCCUUUAACAUCAUGGCUAGUGCCCAGUUUUUUGCAACAUAAUCUACGCCUAGUAGUUUCAGGAUGUUGUUUGCACAUUUUAGUGACAAAGUUUCAAGAUAAAUUUACAAGUUUACGGCAAGCAAAUAGCCCCAAUAGCUGAGAAAUGUUUCAAAUAUUACAUAUGUUGUACAAACAAUGAUAAGAUUUCUACCAAAGUUUGCAGUGUUUUGCGUGGUUUUGUGAAUUUCGCCGCUCUGCGACAUCGCAAAAAUAUCAGAAGCCCUGACUAUGAGCUGCGUCAUUUACGUGAUACAAACUGUCCACUAAAUAUUUGCAUCUGGUGACUAUAUUUCUCCAGUUGGUCGCCAAAAGGCAACCUUGCAAAAUUUCGAGCCCUGCAAAAGCAUGUUAGUUUUGUUGAGCUUGUUACAGUUAUGAGAAUAAACACCUCUCUCUUUUAAAUGCCUCCUAACUAUUAAACGCCCCCACUUGGACCCCUAGAAUUAACUAGAUGCCUUGGACAUAUAUUAGUUCCUUUAUGGUAGCCCCCAAAAUUAAGUCAUUAAUUUUUGGCAGGCCCAUACAUCUACAGUCAACUCCCUUUAUAGCGGACUCUGUAGGGACCUUAAGUUAGUGUCCUCUGUGGCGAGAGUCCAUAAUAGCGGGAGUUUAUUUCAAUCAAAUGUCUGUAAUUUAUUUUUGCCCGGAAUUUAUCUGCUGUCCGUAUUAUCGGGGUGUCCGUUAUAGCGGGGUGUCCGCAAGGCGAGAGUUGACUGUACCUGUACAUGUAGAUGAGAUAACUUAGGCUCUUACGUUUCUGUUAUCAUAUCAGUUUGUUACAAAAACAAGACAUUUAGGUUUCAAAAUAGUUUAGCUUGUCCUCCUGUCUUCCUCACAGAUUUUGCCGAUUGGGCAAAAAGUGCAAGAUCCACUUCUCCACCUUUGUGAAAAGUGCUCUCUCCCUAUCCUUGUUUAUGGCCGACUGGUAUGUAUAAGAAGUAUUUACUUAUGUACUCCUUUACCAGUAUGCAAAGAAAGUCGUGUCCGAUAGCCCAGGACUAGAGGAUUUCGGUUAUCGGGCUAGUGAAUUCUGUUGUCAAUUUACCCUAUUGGCAAAUGAAUUUCUUUUAGCAAAUUUGCAUUACAGAAGAACUGUAAUCAAUCCUGCUCAUUACUCUUGGGCUGGUACAAUGUACAUGCUAGUUGCAGCUUGCACGAAUGGGAAGCUGUAAAACUGACUUUCUUUGCACCCUGUUUACUCCUCGAGCUAGUUAAUGACAUAAUGUCAUGAUGUAUGAAUACCCUGAAGCUCUUGCUUUUGAGUCUGGAUGAAAGUCUUGGUGUUACCAUUAAGUGGAAAAUUCUCUUUGGUGGAACCAACCUCUGCAAGAUUAUUAUUUUUGUGGAAAAAUGUUUCUGGAGUUUUUAGUUUUUCAUUUUUAUAACUCCAGUGUUAUGCCACUGGUGUACAUUGUAUCUCCCAUGGUAUGUUGUGAUCAGUAUUUUAUGUAAAGAGCCUGCUGUACUUGAUUUGCUGUCGGCAACAAAAUUGUUGUAGAAUUUAGUGGUAUCCAGAUCAUCGAUUAUAGUGGAUUAUUUAUAAAAGAAACCUCCUGUAAAUGGAUAUUGAUGGUGGAAAAUGUUCACAUGAACAUCCCCCCAACAUAAAAAAUAUAUAUAUUUAUAUUUGACAAAUCAGGUCUUUUAGUUAAAACUUAUCUUUUUAAGAAGGUUUUUAAUUUAUGAUCAUUGUAGGAACACAUUUCCUCCAUUUUCUUUUUAUUUGGCUUUUAUUAGUUUUAUUCAUAUUUUUCAUUUUUUAUUUGUUUAAACAAUAUUGUAAAUUUUAACACAUAGCUCAAUUUUAUUUUCAAAUUUUUUUACAAUGCACUGUUAUUAGUUCAUUUUAUUAAUUUUUUUUAAAGUUACUGUCUGUAAUUGUUGUUGUAAAUCGCUAUUGGACAGCAAUGAAAAUGGUGCUAUAGAAGUAAAUGUUUUUAUUAUUAUUAGAAUCUUAAAACUUGUGUGUUGUAUUUUAAAUGUCUCAUACAGUGAUGCAGCUUUAAUGCAUUGAUGACCCUUUUCUGAAACCUUCCAUAUAUGUAUGUUUUUUUGUGUCAUGUUCGAAAAUAUGUGACAUGACAAAAAUGGUUGCUUGAGAGACUAUAGCUUACAAUAAAUAACGGGAAUAAUAUCCAAAAUGGCAGUAUUUCCAAAAAUUGCUCUUCAUCAGGGUCUUUUACUUUAGGUGUGGGGAAAGUGUUUAGAGGAUUGAGUGAACAGCGCUGGGCAGUGUGUAUGUAUACCCCCUUGUAUAGCAAUUCCAAAUAAUCAAAAAUGAUGAUUUUUCCCUGUCUUGUUCUGCAAUGUCUUUUAGGUCUCAUCAUGUUUGAAGGGGAAUUUUUGACAAGUUUUGUCCCAGAAGUUGGGGUUCAAGAAGGUAUGAAAGAACAUGGGAAAGAUCCACUGUGGAAAAUCAAGUAUUAAGAACAUUUUAUAUAUUUAAGAAUUUGCUCGAUUAAGAGUCAAAGUGAUGUUCACGUAUAAAUUCAUUUGGUUAACAAGACCAAGUAUAAAAAUAAUUUUAGACAUAAAGAGUUUGUAUUUUCAGGUAUGCUUCUAAUGGAAGUACACUAUUUACUGCCAGUGACAGAGGAGUUGUUUGCAAGUAAGUCAUACUCUGUGGUAAUUGACGUGCAUUAUGUGAUCUCUUGACUAGCCAUUAACAAUAUUAAUGUUCAACUUUUCUCAAAUCAACAGAUGUUGAUUACUGUUAAACCUCUAAAAAGUAGCCCCUAUUUUGUGGCCACCCUCUUUUUAGCCAGGACUACUAAAAUUAUCAGUAAAUCAUUAAAAACAGAACAUCUGUAAUAUACGUCUGUCACCCGAAGGGCAGGUAAACUAAUAGUGGUGUAUAUACCAAUACGCGAAGUAUCGAGGUAUAUAUCUAGCGCUAUGAACCGACUCUGAGGGGGUAGUUGUAUUAGACUAGUAUUCACCAAAUCAGUUGGAUAAAACUGAAAAAAGUGACUUUUUGAAAAUUAAAAGCGUCACUUAGUAGCAACUUUGUUUUCAAUUUACAAACAUUUCAGAGAUUUUGUCAAGUGCGUUUUACGAUUUUGUUGCAAAUUCCCCUGCUUUUCCCUUCCUCCCUAUCCCCUACCCCUUUCGACGCCUGCUAUGCAGGCUAUUACAGUCCCUCUAUUGUUCUCGUCUCCUCCCAAACCGCCCCCGCCGCCUAAGUUGUUUUGACACUCAUGCAAGAUGGCAGCUCGUAACGCAAAGCGCUCGAUCUCGACGAUCUUACUGAAAAAUAGAGGACUGUGAACAGUCUAUGCCAAUCGUGAGGCGCAUAAGAAACUGGGAAGAAAUCCGCCUAUCAGAAACGCUCACAUAUGUCCUUGCAAUUCUGCAGGAUAUUAGAACGAGUUUUUGUGCACUAAUUCGCAGAGGGACUAUACAGAUAGUUUAUAAGACGAGUGCGUGAGCCGGCUGCAACACAGGCUGCUUCCCGGCUACCGGGCAUAUAGCUCGGGCAUGUAGCCACAACGUAUUAUAAUUUGACCCCUCAUUAUCCAGAAUUUCAGACGAUUGCUUUGAGUCGUUUUUACUCCCUCAGCUGAAAGGAGUAAAAACUACUCGAAGUAAUCGUGUAAAAUUCAGGCUAACCCCUCACAAUCCUUUAUUAUUUUCCAAUUUUUUAUGGAUGGCUGCAUUUCGGGAGCUAUUUCUCGAAGCACUAAAGUCACUUUUGUUGACGUAAUUUGAUCAAAAUGGAACUAAAUGCUAAAGGAAGGGAAAAAUCCCAUAGGUUUAAUUUCUGCUUGGUAGAAGAUUGAUUGUUGCUUAUAGGUACGUUUUGUGCAAGUCUGGUUAUUAUGUGAAGGAAAAUGUAAUUGACUUUUAUACUGACUUGUUUUGCAAAAGAUGAUUUCCUCUUGGACUUUUUCGUCGUGACAAAUGAAGCAAACUAUCAAGACUGCUCGGGAAUUUAUAACUGAGGUAAGCAUUGCAUUAGCUGAAGUUAUACUAGAACUACACGGUUCCAUUACCUUAGAACGGCAUUUGGUCACUUAUCUCGCGGAAACUUUUGUCAAAGUAUUCUAUCUUCAUUUAGAAUAACCAAGCGAUCAGGAAAACAAAACUCGCUUCGCAGCUGAGCGAUUGUGGUUUCUUGGGUAUACAGUACAGUCGACGCUGUCAGACGCUGUUUCGACAAUUAGGCCUAGGAAUAAUUUCGUGAGUAGCAGCGCGUCAGGCCCAGUUCAAACGUCGAAUUACACAUGUGCCGAAUUUAAUUGCUAUUUUAGUCGACUAAAAUAGUUAAAUACGGCAUUUGAUUCAAACGUCGAAUUUAUCUCACUGAACUCUGUCGAAUUUAACUCUCUUCGCUGUCAAUAUUCUCAGUAAUAUAAUAAUAAUUUACUAAAAUUCAUUCAUUAAGUUCGGCACAUGUGAAAUGCGACGUUUGAAUCAAAAGUCGAACCUAAGUCGAAUCUUCGACUGUUUCAGUCGCAGAUACGGCAAACGUCGCAUUUAAUUUAAACAGUCGAAUUUAAUUGAUUCAAACGUCGCACUUCACGUGCAUUUAACUCUCGCGUUAAGUUCGGCACAUGUGAAAUUCGACUUUUGAACCGGGCCUCAGUGAUAAUAAGCAUUUUUUCUCUUUCCCAAAUAUAUUUCGUUUCGCAGAAUAGAAUAAGCCGGGCGUUACUCACGGGCACGAUUUGAAAGAAGCUAAAUACCCACCAGUCUCAAAGCGAACCUAGAAAGUGAAAACGCCUUCUCUUAAGCUCCAGAAUACAUGCAUAUUUAAUAGCCAUUACGCUCAAAUUUUCGAGCACAAUAAUUAUAUCUAACCCUAAUUUACAGCGUCGAAACUACUCUAUGCCCGAGAAACCACAACCACUCAUCUGCGAAGCCAUUCUUGUUUUCCUGAUCGCUUGGUAAUUCUAAAUGAAGAUGGAAUACUUUCAGACGAUUAGAAAGAACUAGAAAAAGGGAUUUUGCAGAAAUUCUAGCAAAAUUUUCUGACUGCCGGGCAUUCAUAGUUUUUUAAGACCCUUCCCGGUUGCCGAGCAUAUAGCCACAGCGUAUUAAUAACUGUAUGUAUUUGAUUUAAUUUGACCACUCUUUAGCCUGAAUUUCAGACGAUUGCUUUGAGUCGAAGUAAUCGUCGAGAAAUUCGUGGUAACCCCUUGCUUUUAUUCAUGGAUGGCUGCAUUUUGGGAGUAAUUUCUGGAAGCACUUACGUCACUUUUGUUGAAACUGAAAGCUAAAGGAAGGGAAAAAUCCCAUAGGUUUAAUUUCUUCUUGGUGGUAAGGUUGAUUGUUGCCUAUAGGUAAGUUUUGUGCAAGUCCGGUUAUUUUGUUAAGGAAAAUGCAAUUGACUUUUUUAUACUGACUUGCUUUGCAAAAUAUGUUUUCCUCGUAGACUUUUUCGUCGUGACAAAUCAGACGAACUAUCAAGACUAAUCGAGAAUUUAUAACUG